AUGUCUCUCCGAGCUCCUCUCCGUCGAGUCGCCUUCGCCAAGCCCACUUCUCCUAUCUCCGUCGCUGCUCGAAGCUUCCACUCGACCCCUCGGGCCUCCGUCCGUGUUGGCCAAGAGAUCCCCAACACCGACGUUCUCCUUGAGGAUUCACCCGGAAACAAAGUCAAUCUCGCCGAGGAGUUCAAGACAUCCAAUGGAUACAUCGUUGGAGUCCCUGCCGCCUUCUCGGGCACCUGCUCCAGCAAGCAUAUCCCCUCAUACAUCAACCACCCCAAGCUUAAGCAGGCCGGACAGGUCUUUGUCGUCUCGGUCAACGACCCCUUUGUCAUGAAGGCCUGGAGCGACCAACUUGACCCCGCAAAGCAGACUGGAAUCCGAUUCCUUGGUGACCCAACUGGUGAGUUCACCAAGGCCCUGGACCUCGGCUUCGAGGCAUACGCCGUCUUCGGUGGUAUGCGAGGUAAGCGAUACGCUCUCAAGGUCGAGGACGGCAAGGUCAGCAAGGCCUACGUCGAGCCUGACAACACUGGAAGUGCAGUGUCCAUGGCCGAGCAGGUUCUCGAUUAA